AUGGCACCACACGCACCUCCGCCAUCCCUCUUGACCCCGACCACCGUCUACUCGCUCCUGUCGACCCUCGCCAUCCUCGUCGCCGCCCUCGCCCUCGCAAGACUCGCCCUCCCCACCAACCGCUGCCGCAGCCCGGUCCACCGGUACACGUUCGUCUGGCUCGCAUUCGACGCCCUCAUUCACUUCAUCCUCGAAGGCUCGUUCAUCUACCAGUCUUUCCCGCGACCUCGCACCGUCAACUCGAGCAAAGGUCCCUUCGCCCUUCUCUGGCAAGAGUACGCCCUCGCCGACACGCGCUGGGGCACCUCGGACCCGACCGUCGUCGCCAUCGAGCUCAUCACCGUCCUCGGCGCCGGCCCGCUCGCCGUCUACUGCGCCGCAAAGAUGUGCGGCACGAGCGAGGCCUGGAGGUUCUGGAUCGUCAUUCUCUCCGUCGCCGAGCUCUACGGCGGCUGGAUGACGUUCGCUCCCGAGUGGAUCUCGGGCUCGCCCUCGCUCAACACGUCUCACUGGCUGUACACCUACGUGUACCUCCUCUUCUUCAACGGCCUCUGGGUCAUCAUCCCGCUCGCCCUCAUCGCCGACUCGGGUCGGGAGAUCUGCGCCGCGCUCGGGCGCGACGCGGCGGCGGGGCGCGCUGGGGCGGCGUCGCGAGCGGGCGCGCUCGAGGCCAAGGCGAGGGCCAAGGCGGCGUAG